CUUUUGCAAUAUGAGGAAACUGUGGGGAUUGUGGGCUCGGCAUGGUACCGAUCGGACAUACCGUGAAAGCGACAUUGCGAAUUACGACACAUGCACGUGUUCAGUACAUGUUUGAAUAAUGAUUGUUGUGUAUACCGCAAAAGGAUAAAUUUAUAUUUGUUGAAAUAUUUAACAAUGGAGUGCAUAGUGGCGAAUGUGGAUAAUAUGAGAUUUGAUAUUGAAAUUGCUCUUGAUGAGCAAUAUGGAGCACUUCCUUUACCUUUUACAGGAAUGGACAAAUCUACUGCUGCUGUAUGUCAAUUUUACCCAAGAGGCACAUGUGUCAAAGGUGCCUCUUGUCCAUUUAGGCAUGUUAGAGGAGAUCGUACAAUUGUAUGUAAACAUUGGUUAAGAGGUCUUUGCAAAAAGGGUGACCAAUGUGAAUUUCUACAUGAAUAUGAUAUGACAAAAAUGCCAGAAUGUUAUUUUUACUCGAGAUUUAAUGCGUGUCACAAUAAAGAAUGCCCAUUCCUGCAUAUUGACCCAGAAACUAAGGUCAGAGAUUGCCCAUGGUACGAUCGUGGAUUUUGUAGACAUGGGCCAUUGUGUAGGCACAGGCAUGUUAGAAGGGUCUUGUGCAUGGCAUAUUUAGCUGGAUUCUGUCCUGAGGGGCCAAAUUGUAAAUACAUGCAUCCAAGAUUUGAAUUACCAGCAGUGCAAGAUAUGCAACCCAAAGAAGGGAAGAAAGUAAUGAUUACUUGCCAUUUCUGUGGCGAAGGCGGUCAUAAAGCAAUUUAUUGCAAUAAAAUGCCACCAGAUGUACGCGAAGCUCAAGUCAGACAAGAGAUAGAAGGCAACUCUCACGCCACUCAUCACAUGAACAUGCACAAUGGACCACCCCCGAGAGGACCACAAAAACCACUUGAAGAGGUCACUUGUUACAAAUGUGGAACCAAAGGUCAUUACGCCAACAAAUGUCCAAAGGGUCACUUGGCAUUUUUAAGUCACGCCGGAGGUAGCGGGGGUGGUAAUCAAAAUCAAAAUUAUCGUAGGUGAUUUCGCACAUUUCUCUCAUGUAAGAUUGACAUUUGUUUUUAUUUCAAUUUAGCAAAAUCAUUCAUGUAAAAAUUUUUAUACCAUACAGUAACAAUAAAUU